AUGUAUGAUGGUGUGGGCAAUGAGGAGGAAAAAUGUGUGAAGUUUGUGAGUGGUCUUCGCCCUGAGAUUAAACAAGUUUUCAAUUAUCAAGGGAUCACUCACUAUCAUGAAUUGGUAAACAAGUGCCGAGUAUAUGAUGAGGACAACCGUGCUAGGGUAACUCAUUAUAAGAGUGGAGGACCCAUGAGGAAUAAUAAGUUUGGUUCAUCUAGUAAGAGUAAACCUUACACCAAGUCUGCUGGGGACUCGAGUUCUAUGGUGAAUAAUCAAGGUUCUGUGCAACAAAGGAGCCAAGUUCCCACGGCUAGCCAAACUUCUAGAGGGGGAAGUGUGGGUUCUGUUCCACACAACAACUACUACAACUGUGGGAAGCCAGGUCAUAGGGCAUAUGAAUGUCCAUUGCCCAGAGUAAUAAUGUGCUUCAAAUGUCAAGAGAAGGGACACAGAGCUCAUGAUUGCCCCAAGAACAAGACAACAGAGGUUGGAGGGAGUGCUAGCAAACCUCGAGCGACAGGAAGGGUGUUUGCCUUGGGUGGUACUGAAGCUUCGCAAUCCAAAGACUUAAUCCAGGUUUACGGAAUGAAGACCGCGCAUAGCGCCUCUCCGAACGUCAAACUCGAAUGGGAGAAUGAACUAAGAAAGAAAACAAGGGUUGCCGGUGGUAGGGCUGUGGGUGGGGGAUGA